AAUGACCCGAGAGUCUCGUGAGAUUCCGUUUGGUCAGCGAGAUUAUGCGAAAAUUUUGAAGAAUUUCGCUAAUUUUGGGUUUUAAAAGGCUUUUCUACAUAAAAUAAUUAAUAUCAUUUAACAAUGACUGACGUAAGACAGAGAAAAGUUGAGGACAAAUCAGAUCGAAGUGAAAAUCAUCCAGGUUCGGGAGAUACAGCGGAUGAUUUGUCUAUAGACCCAGAUGUUUCUCAACAACUACCACAAGCUAGCGAUAAAACAACCGAAGUAAUUGACUCCGCUUUAAAAGAUUUAACACCAAGAUGGAGAAAUUGGAUUAUUCGCGGUAUUUUUACUUGGGUUAUGAUAUUUGGUUUUGCCGCAGUCAUAUACUUGGGACCUUUGGCCUUAGUGAUUUUAAUUUUUAUUAUACAAAUUAAAUGUUUUCAUGAAAUAAUAAAUAUCGGUUACGCCGUCUAUAAAUCUCACGAUUUACCCUGGUUCCGAACCUUGAGCUGGUACUUUUUAAUAGCAUCAAACUACUUUUUUUAUGGAGAAAGCUUAAUUCAAUAUUUUGGUGUACUUGCCAGCAAAACAGACUUUAUCAAGCCAUUUGUAACUUACCAUCGAUUUAUAUCUUUCUCUCUAUACGUUAGCGGCUUCGUUGGUUUUGUUUUAAGCCUAGUCAAAACUCAUUAUCUAAAGCAAUUUACACUUUUCGGAUGGACUCACGUAACCCUGUUGAUUGUUGUCACACAAUCCCAUCUUAUUAUGCAAAAUAUCUUUGAAGGACUCAUAUGGUUCUUGGUUCCGGUUUCAAUGAUAAUCUGCAAUGAUAUCAUGGCAUAUCUGUUUGGGUUCUUCUUUGGUAAAACUCCUUUAAUAAAACUGUCACCUAAAAAGACUUGGGAAGGUUUUAUUGGCGGAGCUUUCAGUACUGUUAUAUUUGGCAUGGUGUUAUCUUAUUGCCUCGUAUCAUUCGAUUAUUUCAUUUGUCCAAUUGAAUACAACGAAAGUAAAGAUUCCUUAAGUAUGGACUGCGAAAGAGUACCCGUUUUCCAAUUAACGGAUUAUACACUUCCAAAAGUACUACAGACUUUAUACGGACUGGUUGGGGUGAAAUUAGAAACUGUAAAAAUGUACCCAUUCAUGUUACAUUCUAUCUCAUUUUCGAUUUUCGCAUCAAUUAUUGGUCCUUUUGGUGGUUUCUUUGCAAGCGGUUUCAAACGCGCUUUUAAAAUUAAGGAUUUUGGUGACACAAUCCCAGGCCACGGAGGAAUUAUGGACAGAUUCGAUUGUCAAUUUUUAAUGGCAACUUUUGUUCAUGUUUACCAUUCGAGCUUUAUAAAAGCCGUAGGUCCGGCAAAGUUACUCUCAACAAUCCUCAAAUUAAAUUCCGCCGACCAAAUCGAACUAUAUCAAACGUUAAAAGACAACCUGAUACGGAAGGGUCUUGUUCCACACUAA